ACAAACCACAUAACCACAGUCGCGCCGUCACACCGCAUCUAGCUGGUUGUGUUUCUCGUCCAUUACAAACCGUCGCACAUGCUAAUCGACAGUUUUCCUCCAGAGAAAACAAAGUGAAAUAGUUUGCAUAUAGGAACAUACGUUGUGAUUGACUCUUCAAUAACGUCGUUAACGGUUACACUUACGACCUUCAGUGGUACCAGUAGCAAAGAGAGUAUUGGUAAUGCAUCGUCCUCACACGAAGACGAUGGUGGGGAUACCAUGAAUAGGGAGAACGUCACCAACAAAAUAGCUGCUGGCAUGGACCGCUGGCAGAAUACAAUAGAAGAUAUGAUUAAUCUACGCUCUUCGAAUAACCAUGCGUUCAAGGACAACUACUGUGCUCAAAACGGAUUUGACGAGUUACGACGGUACGUGAAGCAAGGUAGUGAUUUCAGCAAAGAGUUGGCAUCGAUUUUGCAAGAAAGGGUUGAAGCUGAGAAUUAUUAUUCAAAAUGCUUAACAAAACUCGGUACGAAGUUAAGCAAAGCGUGCAAGGAGAGUGUAGGUUCUUGUGCAGAUGCGUGGAAACAUGUCGCAAUGGAAAUGGAGAAACGAGCCGAAAUACAUAGGAAUUACUCCAGUGCACUAUCAGAAGAACUAGUCAAACCGAUGAAAAAUGUAAUGGAUAAUCAAUUAAAAUUAAGAAAAAAGAUCGAAGGCAACGUGGAUAAAACAACUCGUAGCCUAUCUGAUUGGAGAUCAGCAGAAGUAAAAUCAAAGAGGCAGUCUCAUGCCGCCGCAAGAGAAAACGAGAAACUCCAAGAUUCUUCUCUCGAGAUUAGCCGCAUUUCACGCAGUUCAAGUAUGGGCCACAUUCCGCAUUCUAUCCUCAGCGCUGCUCGAGCUGAACGACUCUCUAAUUCAGCGACCGAACGAGAUGCAGCCAAACUGCAAGUCAAAAAACGGAAGACUGAAGACGCCGUGAAAAAGACUGAAGCGGAGUAUUAUAAUGUUUGUGUACAAGCAGAAAGAGCAAGACUAGAAUGGGAGACGAGUGUCGUGAAGGGGGCAGGUAUGCUAGAAUCUCUCGAAGAAGAGAGACUCGCGCAGUUAAAGAGCUCAGCAGAUUGUUAUCUUAGGCUGACGGCUGCGGUUCCGCCACAAUUAGCUGAGGCAACGAAUACUUUAGUGGGACCAAUAAAGAAUGCUAACGCUAAUCUGGAUAUGAGAGUGGUACGAGGCGUUCGCUCUGCACCCGCCGGCGCUAGUGAGCAAUUGCUACCCGACUUUUACUGCGAGCACACAACAUUGGCAAUGAAUCGAGAACGUCGUAAACAAGCAUUACUGAAAAUACUGCAACUGGUGAAACAAGAUAUCGAAAGAGAACGAAAAUCAAUGCAAGGUCUUGAAAAACUAUCCAUGGCGAUGAAACAGACACCAACGUUUGGUAAUGACGAUUCCCAGCAAAAUGUUGCUGAUAAAUUAUACCACAUGAGAGCAAUGCUUACAUACUUAGAGGCAAUAAGAUACAAAAUUACGUCAACGUUAAGUGAAAUAGACAAUCGGACUGCAGUUCAACAUCCCUUGGCAGCACACAUACAAGUUAUAAGAGACAAGCAGGGAUUACAACAGAGCAUACUUAAAGUGCCGCCAUGGCUUCAAACUGAUUAUCAAAACGAGGUGAACAAAAAUCUCCAACCAAAUUACACAGCCCUUUCGAAGAGUGUUAAUGGAGGUGAGGAGAGAGAAAGAAGAGAUUCGAUAAUGAGUCGCGCUUCUAGCAAACUAAGGAUAGAACACCUAUCGUUUAGGAAGAACACUGAACACAAGAGUGCUCCUACCACACCCAUAAGUUCGGAACUCCCCUCACCAACUGCCAAGCCUCCUCCAACUCCUGAAGCGCCACCGCCACCUGAUAGUCCACUGGAUUGGAGUGAACGCGGCGCGGGCGAUGGUCUAUCUAACCAACAUGAUAGCGAUUUCGAUGAAUUCUCGUCGCAGAGCGAUAGUUCAACAGAUUUAAAUUGCUUAGACAAAAAUGACGGCACUGAUGUAACUCCUCAAAAGUUUAUUGGAAAGUGUAGAGCACUUUAUACAUAUGAGGCAAGAUUAAACGACGAACUUACAUUAGCACCAGGUGAUAUUAUAAACAUUUACGAAAAACAAGAUAGCGUCUGGUGGAGUGGGGAUCUUAAUGGUUCCUUCGGCAUAUUUCCCUCUUCUUAUGUUGAAGAAAUAACAUCUUGUAUAUAAACAUAAUGUUAGUGCUUGUUGCAUUUAAUACUAUUGUUAUUUAUAUAUUUAAUUUGCGGAGAAACGAGUUUUAUAUAGUUAUGUACUUAUGAAACAUAACAAUUAACUGCAGUUGUAUAAAUUAAACAUAUAACUAUACGCAAGCCUUUAUAAUAUAUUUUCAUAAACAUUUAUCCUUACAGAAAAAAUAAUUUCUUAAGAAUGAAUUAUAAGUGCGCCUGAUUUAUUUUCCGAAAACCGAUAAUCAGCAUUAAAAGAAUUAAAUUGUGUUUCUUAUGCGUAUUCUUUAUUAUAAAUAUAUUUAAAAAUUAAUGUGUCUACUCGUUUUACACACUUAAUCUAAGUAUAAAAAGAAUACAUAGAGUAUACAGACACAUGUUUUUAAAUUAAAAUAUUUGUUAUCGUUUCUCUGCUUAAAAAAAACAGUCAAAUCUUAUUAAAUACUGUACAUAAAUACUUGACUGCACAACGCAAAGUGAUAACUAUGUUUAUAUUAUAUUCAUUUGUAUCAAUCUUUAAAGGACAUGUAUGUAAAAACCCUUCUGAAAUUAUUAUACGAUACAUUUUAUUCAGAAGGACUUUAUGAAUACAUACACAUAUGUAAAUAAAAUUAUAUUGUAUAAGUAGUAGCACAUUAAGUAUUGCGUCGUAACGUAAAUUAAGAUUGUAAUAUCUUUUAAUAAACCAAAGUAUUUUGUGUAAUAAAAUGAUAAAUGAUCUAAUAUAGUUAUUGUUCUUA